AGACUAACAGUCUCUGGCACUCGAAACUUUAUAUAUCACAUUGCAAUCUGUCCUCUUAGAUCGUUAGACAUAAUGUCGGACAACAAUCAAACAAACGCAGAAACGACAUCUAUCAACACUCAGACUCCAGGAACAAGAGAGGACCCUAUCUUAAUUGACGACGAUCAUGAGAUUGGAAGUUUCAGCAUGCCAGGAGCACCCACAACCUCGCUGGUCAAAGAAGAGCCUGUAUCUAUUAAGGCGGAGCCUCUUAGCAUAGCGCAUAACUUUGGGAUAACAGAAGUUCCUGGGACUGCAGAGACGCAAGACAAUGGCGACAUAGAAGAAGGUAGCCAGAAUAACAAAAACACGGGGCUUAUCAGCGAUUCAAAGAUUACCGAAGAAGGACCUACUCCAGCCAAAGGCGACAGCGAUCCCCGUGACAGACGCCCGAAAGCGACGAGGAAAAUCAACAAAAAAAGCCAGACCAUCCGAACGAGUGCGCGUAAGCCUGCAAAGAGAGUCAUACAGGACAUACAUACCUGGGGGGAUCCUGAACAGUCAGAAGAAGCGUUGUCAGAGCUUAAUAGCAUCUGGCGUGAUGUGCGAAUCACGUGCAUUCAACUUGAGCUAUUCUCAUCACGCUGUCUAGCUGUUGAACAUCCGCUUUGUGUCCCUAUGACGCAAUUUAAAAACAUCAUCCAACGAAUACUACAAGAGACAGGUGCAAGCGAGAUUGAUCCUCGCAGCGCUUUUGUACUACAAAAGCAUUGGGAGGUGGUUAAGAACUCUGUUGAACUGGCUGAAGUUUCUUUAGGGGAUGACCUAAGUAAUAUUGAAUCAUUUGGACGUAGCUUGCAGCAUCUGGUAGAUCGAGCGUCAUACUACGAAGCUAUCUUUAAACAUCCUCAGUCACAGAGAGCAAAGAAAAGAAGGAAGAUUAAAGGGAACAAUUGA